CAAUCCUUUACCAGGGGAAUCAUAUUUAUUUGGCUAUGCCCGUCUGUUUGUAUGUUUAACUGUGCGGCGUGUGUAUUACCCAGAAUGCACCACUGCAGGGAGUGAGUGACUGAGUAGGGGAUCCCGAUUCCCGUCAGCGACACUGAGCGGAGUUUCUGUUCUAUUAUGUUUAUUCAUUCACUUUUAAUCAAGUGCUGACAGGGAGAAGCACAAGAAGAGGAUCGAGUUUAGGUUUGGUAGCGUGUAUUUCUCGGCCAUGCCUCUCUUCACGACAAAUCCAUUUGAUCAAGAUGUUGAAAAAGCAACAAGUGAGAUGAACACAGCUGAGGACUGGGGCCUCAUUCUGGACAUUUGUGACAAGAUCGGACAGUCUCGCACUGGGCCUAAAGAAUGCCUGCGAUCUAUAAUGAGGAGAGUGAAUCACAAGGAUCCCCAUGUUGCCAUGCAAGCGUUGACGCUACUCGGUGCAUGUGUGUCAAACUGUGGAAAGAUAUUCCAUUUAGAGGUCUGCUCCAGGGAAUUUGCUAGUGAAGUUAGCAAUGUGCUAAAUAAGGGUCACCCAAAAGUAUGUGAGAAGCUAAAGGCUUUGAUGGUGGAAUGGGCCGAGGAUUUCCGCAACGACCCUCAGCUCAGCCUGAUCUCUGCAAUGAUUAAGAACCUCCGAGAGCAGGGCGUCAUCUUCCCUGCCGUGGGCUCUCAGGCAGCAGAGCAAGCUAAAGCCAGUCCCGCAUUGGUAGCUAAAGAUCCUGCAACAUCAACAAACAAGAAGGAAGAAGAAGACCUUGCUAAAGCUAUUGAACUGUCUCUGAAGGACCAGCGGCAUCAGCAGCCUCAGGUGUCUCUGUCUGGCCUCUACCCGAGCACCAGCAGCCUCCUGACCUCCCACAAGACAGACGGCAGAAAGGUCAGGGCUAUCUAUGACUUUGAAGCAGCCGAAGACAACGAGCUCACUUUUAAAUCAGGCGAGAUCAUCACUAUCCUGGAUGACAGUGACCCUAACUGGUGGAAAGGUGAGACAUAUCAGGGUGUUGGGCUUUUUCCGUCAAACUUUGUGACAGCGGACCUGACAGCAGAGCCUGAGAUGAUGAAAACAGAGAAGAAGACUGUGCAGUUUAGUGAAGAAGUCCAAGUAGAGACGAUUGAACCAGAACCAGAGCCUGCCUACAUUGAUGAGGAGAAAAUGGACCAGCUGCUUCAGAUGAUCCAGAGUGCAGACCCGACAGAUGACCAGUCAGACACCUGUGAGCUCCUACAGUUGGAGGCUGCUUGCAACCAGAUGGGUCCUCUCAUUGAUCAGAAGCUGGAAGACACUGACAGGAAACACUCAGAGCUGUCUGAGCUGAACGUGAAGGUCAUGGAAGCUCUGUCUCUCUAUGCUAAGCUAAUGAAUGAAGACCCAGUAUACGCUAUGUAUGCCAAACUACAGAGCCAGCAAUACUACAUGCAGCAGGCCCCAAACUCUUCCCAACAGGUGUACCCUGGACAGUCCACUGGAGGGCAGUAUGCAAUGGGAAGCACAGCAGUACCAGGAUACAACGUUCCAAUGGAGCAGCUUACUGCAAUGAACCAAGCAGGAACACCAAUGGCAGGGCAGCCUACUCCUAGUGAUGUCCAUAUGUACAUGGGCCAACCUCCAGUCUACAGCCCCACUCCUGGCAGCCUUCCUCCAGCUGAAGUCCAGUCUUACCAGACCCCAGCUCCAGCAGUCAUGAACCAGAACCCUGCAUACACCCUACCUACAACCCAGAGCCUUCCCGCUGCUGCAGACAACCAACAGAUCCCUUACCCUGAGAAGGCCCUCUUAUAGGGGCCCCUAGAGACUCGCACACAAACACACACACUCUUACAAAGAACAUUCAGCUCACACAGCAACAUCUCCUUGAUCCUCUCCUCCUCUUUUUAUUUAAGACAUUACAAACAUGACAGGAUGUGCCGAUUGCUGACUACUAACCGCUGGUGUUCUCACUGAGCACUUUUGAUCGCUCUUCUAUGUUUUUGGUCUCUUUUACAAUAUUUUGUUGAAGGUGAUAAGAAGUUACACCAUUUAUUUGGCGCUGUCAUUAUAGUAAUAAUUAACUGGAUGUUUCUUACAGGAAAACACAACGAGAGCAUGCUUGUGUUGUACAUGCAUUUCUGUAAUGGUGUAGGUCCCGGUAGCUCAGUGUUUGUCAAAACAGGUCCUGAAGGGGAGGGUUCAUCAUUUUUAAUUGUGUGUGUGUGUGUGUGAGCAAGAGGGAGAGAGAAAGCGAGAUCAGGUCCAUAUAUGUUAUCACACCUCUCCUGCAGAACCAUGUAGCAAAACACUGCCAUUGUCUUGACAGUGACCCAUUACUCCAGUGUCUAUCAAGAGUUAGUUCACCCCAUAAUGGAAAUGCUCAUUAUUUAUUCCAAACCCAUAAAAAAUCUGUUCAUUUUUGGAACACAAGUAAAGAUAAUUCUAAUGGAAUAUGAGAGAUUUCUGCCCCUUCCAUUGACAGUUUGAUCAUAUAAAACAGCUGAUGCUUCAAACAUUCAUUAACAGAUACAAAUCAAACUGUUUUAUCUUUUAUCUGUUUUAUUUUACGUUUUCUGAAAGAUAAAAUCACUUUAUAAGAUGAAUAUUAAGUGUGUCAGGCAAAUAUAGUUGAGCUUCUGGUUCUAUUUGCUGAUCAGAGUUUAUAAAUAAAAGCCCAAAUGUGAUCUGCUCAUCAUAUGUGAACAUGUCUCUUCAGAAGACUUUGAUUAGACCGCUUUACUGAUAAGGAUUCAUUUUUUGAUCACUUUACAUUAAUAUUUAAAGGUGUCAGAAGUUUUCCUGAAUAUACUUUCAAUGGAGGGACAAAAAUCUCUCAGAUUUGAUUAAAAUAUUUCGAUUAGUGUCCCAAACAUGAACAGAUUAACAUCUCAUGGCUUUAUAGAGAUCUGAGGGUGAGUAAAUGAUGGGAAAAUUGUUUUUUUGGGGGGUGAAGCUCACUACUUUAAGCUCAAUUCUCAGUGUUAAAAUGUUUUUUAGUGCGUUUUAUUUAUAUUUUGAUUGUCAGUUUGCUGUUUUAUUGACAGUACAUUAAUAGAAGGAUGUAAUAUUCUGCCUAUGUGCAGAUUUGUAUAUACAAGAGCUCACUACUUUCUUUAGAGCGUAACGUUCAAAGCGGCUGCUUUUUCCGUAGAAAGGGCACACGGGAAGUUGAGGAGUAAAACUACUCCAUUACAUGCACUUUUAAUUUACUCUUUUUCCUUCUCCCUAAUUUCAGAUGUGUCCAUUUGAAACCUAUGUUUCCUCAGCUCUCGAAGAACCUGAAUGGCAUUGACCCUGCACUCUAACCCUUCCCUUUUUUCCAAACAAUUAUAAAAAUACUCAUGCAACUUGUCAUGCCCUGGGAAUGAAUGAAUGAUCAUGUGUAAAUGAUCCACCGAGUGUGCAACACUCAAACUAACCUCUUAUUUUCAUAAGUCCUGUCAAGGGCUGCGACUGACACUAAAGAGAGCAAACUUUGUUCUUCUGACUCUAAAGUAAGGCGGUUCUCCCACAUCUGUCUCGAUGUAGCUACAGUGUUAUCAGAGUAGUCAUUGACGUUUCAUAGAGAACAUUCUGGGAAAUUGGGACCAUGGGCCAGUUCUAAUGUGACACCUUAGCAUAUGCACAUGGAGAUGAUAAUCCUUACGUCAACCUUAUCCACAGGGAAAAUGGACUGUUUUUGGUGUAUCAGUUAUAUGUACCCAGUUGUUUGUAUGUACUAUUUUAAUCAUCUUAAUUAUUAGUAUUCACAAUAAAACUAGGCCAAAUGUACA